AUGAAUACGACAUUAACGUGGCUUUUUCUAAUUGUCGUUGGUUUAGUUGGUUUAUUCCUUUCUGGAAUAUUGGAUGCUUGUCUUGAUUUCAUAUUAAGUUUUUUGUAUACUCGGCAUCAAAGACUUCGUCGUUGUCAACGUCCAGGACGUAUUUUUCUUGUUCGACAUGGCGAAUCUCAAGCAAAUAUUGAUCUCAGUUUAUAUGGUCGUAUGGCAAAUCAUGAAAUUGAAUUAACUGAAAAAGGUUGUGAAGAAGCUCUUGAAGCUGGUAAAAAAUUACAUUCAUUAAUUGGUAAAGAAUCAGUUUAUGUUUAUAUGAGUCCAUAUAAACGUUCAAAACAAACUUGGUCAUUUAUACGAAAAUCAUUUUCACCAUUACAAAUUAUAGCUCAGCAUGAAGAUCCACGUUUACGUGAACAAGAAUUUGGUAAUUUAACUGAUUUAACAACAGUACCACAAGCUGUCCAAGAACGUGAUCGUUUAGGACAUUUUUUUUAUCGUUUUUCAUGUGGUGAAAGUGGUGCUGAUGUAUAUGAUCGUGCAUCAUUAUUUCUUGAUACAUUAUUUCGUGAAAUGGAUAAUGGACAUCAUGAUCCAACACAAAAUAUACUAAUUGUAUCACAUGAACUGUUUAUACGUUUAUUUUUAAUGCGUUAUUUUCAUUGGACUGUUGAUGAAUUUAAAACUUUAAGAACAUUUAAUAAUUGUGAAAUAUGUGAAUUAAUAAAAAAAGAUGGUGUCUAUACACUUGAUGGACGCACAAGACCACCAACAAACUCAUCAUAA